AUGGAGCAGCGGCAGCUAGAGGAGGAGGAAGAAGAGCUUAUGCAAGAGACACUAGCUAUUUUAACCAAUUGCCAUGAUGAAGAUUAUUUUGAUGCUGCUAUAUCACGACUUCUUGUCCCGUCUGAUAAUGAACAGCAUAGCCCCGUGUCUGCUAACUGGAAUGAUUCGAUCUUGUUAAAUCAUGAAGUGGCUGCUUUAAUGCCUACGUUAAUUGAUCACAGGCUAGAUAGUACGAAUUUUAUUAGUGCCGACAUCUUUCCUGCUCUAACGUCAGAGCUAACGACCUCAAUCACUUGUCCUUUGAAAAAGACGUCUACAUUUAAUAUGAAACAGAAGCAGCGCAGAAAGAAGACAUUUAAUAGUGCUUACAAUACUGAAAAAAAGCGGAAAAUGGCUUCUCAUAAUUCGAAUCGUGCGCGUGACGAACGCAAAGAAGAGCUUAUUUAUCUUCGCAAAACGGUGCAGACGAUGGAAGCGAGACUUCGUACACUCCAACUAUCGCAACGUCGAGAUUUGACUGUGACAAAAGCCGCAUCAAAAGGAGAAGGAAAGACAUCGAAUGAGGGUGCAUUUGCUCAUGCAUCAUCACUAGAGGAACAGGCUGUCACAAACCUUAGUGAAAUGCUGUCGGCUGAAGAUAUGAAGGAGGAUGCAGCGAUGGGACCUGUUUGGACCGAUAUCGCAGCACGUCAGUACCAAGAGCGACGCCGUGUUGAGCUGGAAAACAUUCGAUUGAAACUUAUACUUGAAGGUCAGAUCAAAAUGGCCAAAAGCCUGGAAAAGAUGCUGACAAAACGUACUAGCUUACGGGUAAUGGAGUCUAUUCAAGGCAAGUACUUGACUAGCUUGCAACACCGACAGCCAACGUCAACAGAGGAAGAAGACGAAGUGGCCAUUUUUGCUCGUUUGGAAAAAGAUCUGAGUACUGCCCUAGACGAGGUGGAUGUUGUGUUUGAGGCAAACGGACUUGCUCGCAUGGAAAAGACAUACGCAGACGCGCAAGUUCGGCGCGAAAACGGGUCUAUUGUCGUGGAAAUUUUUGCUAACAAACUCGUUCCAUUUAGUGUUGAAGCUACAAGCCACGCCGUGUGGGAGCAUUUUGUUCACUCCAUGGAUCAUAUUCCAUCGCGUUUCGUCUACCAAAAGCAAUUGAAGACGAAAAUAACUGACGAUACGUUAAUGGAGAGCUUUGGUCUUGAGCUUGUUGGCAGUCGGAACGCCACUGCCGCAUUUCGCGUGCGCCAGAUUCGCCGGAAGUUUGUUCAACCUGACCGCGUUGUUAUUGCGUGGCCAAUGUACUCUGAGGCACUUGAACUGUCUGCUGAGCCAACGAAGGGUGUCCGACUUCAUGAAAAGUGUUAUACUGUGGUUAAAGCACUCCCGCAAGCUAGUGGCCGUCGAGGCGCCCUAAUACAAACGUGCUACCUUCUUCGACCAGAAAGUUACGGUCAGGUUGCUGAUCGCGACCGUAUUCUUACCACUUUGGUCGAUUUUUUGCUGGACUCUGUGUUGCAUACGAUUAGCUCAAGCCACCAAAUGAUUGAAAAUUACUUGAUGGACGGAGCGCUUCAGCUUCGGACUGAACCAAAUGCGCUGAUGCAGGUUGCUAGCAAGGAUAGUGUCGUUGAAGAAAAGUCUCCGUAG